AAGCUUUACAUGCGACACAUAUGUCGUUUUACUACUUGCAUACUAUACAUGCUACAAGCUCAUGCAUACCUUCUACCAUUCUGUUCGGGGUUUGUAAGCCAUACGAGGCAGUAACCGGCCAUACACGCUAGUGAUUCUUUUGUUGAUGCGCCUGACUCGUGGCACGCCGCACAAGUCUAAUUCCAAGUACUACCUGGGGAGAGUACAAAAUGUCGCAAAUAAUGUCGCAGCCAAUUCAACUAGAUAAGGCCAAACCUCUUUUAACAGCAUCUGUACACGAUGUUCGAUAUUUCGCCUCCCUCCUACGCGGAAUUGGCUUCUCGAAUCGAGCGUCUAUGACAUUGACAGCCAACAGUGGGAUGACUGUCACCGUCGAGGAAGCGCGAACACUGCUAGCAACGUCAUACAUCUAUGCGGACCAUUUUGACGAGUGGUCAUUCAACACCGACAACCUGCAGGCUGCCCCGUCUCAGUUGUCUCCACCUGACAUCGAUCGAGACGCCACGUCUUUUGAAAUUCCUCUGAACACCUUGCUUGAAUGCCUGAAUAUUUUUGGAACUGCGAACAUGUCUUCCUCAGGCAGUACAGGUUCGAAGCACAAGCAGUGGCGUCGAGCCGAUGAUGCCUCAGAUGACGAGAGGGGCAACGAGGGACGGCGUCCCAAUGCCAAUAGUAUCGAUCAGCACUUCGGCGGUAACGAGAAGCGGACGAGCAUGCGUCUCACAUAUGAGGGGCCUGGAUACCCCUUGACACUUGUUCUUGCAGAAGACUCGUCAGGGCCCACGACGACGUGUGAGAUAUCGACUUUCGAUACUGAGCCGAACUUAGAGCUCCCAUUUGAUGCUGAACAGACCGCCCUCAAGAUCAUUUUCAAGUCAUCGUUCUGGCUCCGUGAUGCCCUUGCAGAGCUUGAUCCAUCCUGUGAAAAAAUAACGUUGAUCGCCAACCCUGUAGCAGAUAUCCAGACAGCGCAAAGAGGCGUUCCCGCCAAACCCCUCUUUCGAAUACAGGGAACGGGAGCAUUCGGCAGCACUGAAAUGGACUAUCCAAACGACAGAGAGGUGCUAGAAACAUUCGAGUGUUCGCGCAGUGUCAGCUUCAGCUAUCGUUUUGCACCUCUGUCACGCACGCUGCGAGCUUUGCAGAACUCGACAAAGACAUCCCUUCGCCUUGAGCAGGAGGGUUUGUUGAGUUUGCAGUUCUUAGUGCCCGUGCCGAGGCCGCGGGGUGGCAUGUCAGAUUCUUUUAUCGAGUUUCGAUGUCUUGCUUUGGACGAUGAUGUCGCCCACUGAAGCAACGUGUGCCCUGCUCCUCAAUGGAGGUUGUGGCGAGCCAUCGGGUUUUCUCAAUGUAAAAGGAGGGGACCAGUACUUCAAACAUCUUACA